CUCGGUUUUCACAAUUGGCCAUAUGAAUAAAUAGGACCUAUAAACUUCACGGUUGCUUAUAUUUUAAGAAGCUUGCAUGAAGCUCUUUAGAAAUAUAUUGAAUAAACACAAAGACGUUGGAGUCUUCAUGUAGAGGCUUGUCUGACUUUUAAAACAGGCUGCCAGAAGAUUUGUGUCCAAAAUAAGGUGCAGUGAUGAGCUUCUUUAGUUUUGGUCAAAGUGCAGAAAUUGAUGUAGUUUUGAAUGAUGCUGAGACGAGAAAAAAAGCGGAGCACAAGACAGAAGAUGGAAAAAAGGACAAAUAUUUUCUAUUCUACGAUGGUGAGACGGUAUCAGGGAAAGUCAACGUUACACUCAAGACUCCAGGGAAAAGACUUGAGCAUCAAGGAAUAAAAAUCGAAUUCAUUGGACAGAUUGAACUCUAUUAUGACAGAGGGAAUCAUCACGAGUUUGUGUCUCUUGUGAAGGACCUCGCUCGGCCGGGUGAGAUGACCCAAUCGCAGACGUUUGACUUUGAAUUCACGCAUGUGGAGAAGCCCUACGAGUCAUAUACCGGCCAGAACGUUAAACUACGAUAUUUUUUAAGAGCAACAAUCAGUCGGAGACUGAACGACAUCAGUAAAGAGAUGGACAUUGUUGUACACACGCUCAGUACAUAUCCAGAACUGAACUCCUCGAUAAAAAUGGAGGUCGGAAUCGAAGACUGCCUCCAUAUUGAAUUCGAAUAUAACAAGUCCAAGUAUCACCUGAAAGAUGUGAUAGUGGGGAAGAUCUACUUCCUGCUGGUGCGGAUCAAAAUCAAACAUAUGGAGAUUGACAUCAUUAAACGGGAAACAACCGGGACCGGUCCUAAUGUCUACCAUGAAAACGACACCAUCGCAAAGUAUGAGAUCAUGGAUGGAGCUCCUGUCAGAGGGGAGUCCAUCCCAAUCCGGUUGUUCCUGGCCGGUUAUGAGAUGACACCAACUAUGAGAGACAUCAAUAAGAAGUUCUCAGUGCGUUAUUAUCUCAACCUGGUGCUGAUUGACGAGGAGGAAAGACGUUACUUCAAACAACAGGAGAUAACGCUUUGGAGGAAGGGGGACAUUGUGAGGAAAAGCAUGUCUCACCAAGCUGCUAUUGCAUCCCAGCGUUUCGAAGGCUCGGCCAAUGCUGAAAAAGCGCUUUCCCAGGCCAAGGAAGACAGCAGCUAAACCCACUGUAAUCAUCUCAGCAUCUCAACAAAGCAUUGUAUGUGCAUGUGUAUGUUUGUGUGUGUGCGUGUGCGUGUGUGUGUGUGUGUGUGCGUGUGCGUGUGCAUGUGCGUGUGCGUAUGAAUAGAGGGGAGGGGGUAUACAGGCUUUCAUGAGAGUGACUGGCAGCUAAAGUAUUAUUUUUCAAAUUCCACCCAAAUGGUUUUCACCUUUGAUAGUUAAAAGAGCUGUAAAAUAACCGAAAGUUUCGGAUGAGCUUCAAAAUCCAAUUUCCCUCCGUUUAACUUUGGUGUUAUCAAUGAUCAAGCUUGUUUAGUCAUUCCUCACAAGCUGCUCCCUCAGGUUUGUUUUGCUAAAUGAAUUAGGGCUUACAGAUAAUCAUCGCGGUCUGAGGGGUUUUACAAAGUAGCAUCUUUUUAUGUAGCAGUUUAUCAUAUGCGAUAGUGUUCAGGGCAACAAUGGAUAUACAUAUUUACUAUCAUGGAGUGAGCUGAUAUAAGGCGUUCUACUACUUUGCUUAUAACUUUCCAACAUUCCUCUUAAAAAACGUAAGAAGAUAGCAUACAUUGCGUACAUGCGUACAUUCCAGGCUGUGUCCUAGCGUUAACCAUUAACUUGGUUUGUAUUUAGUUCCUACCAUCUCGUAAAUUUUAAUUUAAAAAAAAAAAAGUAUGUUGAUAUAUUGCAUACAUAGAAAAUGACGUGCAAAUAAUUUGACGAAAUCCUUUCUUCUUCUUCUUGUUGUCGGUGAUAGUGUCGCUACCAAAUGGGAGCAAUGAUUAAUAUUCUGGCGAAAUAAUACAUGAUUAAAAUAACUGAAUGAAUACAUGCAUCAGCUUCAAACCUAGACUAAAUUCUGAGAGAUUGUACACAAAGAGUUAACACAACGAACUAACAAAACCAGGACCGGUGAACAUUUAAUAUAGCCGAAAGUCUUUUUUUUUUUCCUUAAAAUUAUGCCAUUUCUGAAGCUAUUCGUGCUAUAUUACAGAAUUAGACGUAACAAGUGAAUUUAUGAAAUUGAAUAAUGUCUCUCUAAGCAGUACUUGAAAGAUAAAAGCACCUUUUCAACAUGACGUGACACAUGUGAAACGCAGAGGGUCAAAACAUUGACAUGUCCAUGACUUCAGUAUUAAAGCUGCUUACCACACAAUGUAGAGUAUCAAAUGAUGGGAAGAAGAGAGAGGAAUGAAAGCUGCUUAUGCUAGAGCUAGCUUUCUAAAACUGCAUUGUCCUCAUUAGAUGUCCUCAUUUCUUUGGACUUCCUCCAAAAUGUGACAUUGGAAAUGCCAGUGUUCAGAAGACGUUUCUGUGAUUAUUUUCUUAAAGGGGAAAUUCACCUUUUAACUGUUGUUGUCACAAUGUUUUCAACAGGUUAUUUCAGUAGAGCAUUAUUUACCAAUGUUUUUGUUGUUGUUGUUGUUGUUUGUGUUGUUUUGAACAUUUUGAAAUCCAGGUUUCUCACUUCUUUGUGAAUUCAUUUUAAACACAGCUACUGCUCUUAAUGACAUGAUAAAUGAAUGUAGUUCUCAGUGCGCUUUAGAUCAUCACAAAAAGUGAAAUACACACACACAUACACGCAUACGCACG